AUGCUCCGCGGGGUAUCGAAGUUAGCCAAAUUGUUGGCUUCUAACGAACUUAAGACGCGAAAGCGCGGCUACAAAUACGUCUGCGAACUCCUAAGUUUAGAACCCGGUUCGGACCACUUUGAUAUGUCUUUCAAAGAUAUGCUUGGCGUGUGUAAAGGUCUAUAUUACAGUCUGUGGAUGCAGGAUAAACUGCUAUUGCAGGAGGAGUCGGCCGCGAGAAUCGCCAAACUAAUUUCGACUUCAAAGUCCAAAGUGAUUCGAUGCAUGUAUAUAAAAGCUAUGUUUGCGACCUUGGCUCGCGAAUGGGACAACUUGGAUAAUUGGAGAGAGGAUAAAUUUAUGAUGCUCACGAGAGUCUUUUUCGUACGUUGUAUUGAGUCGGUUAAAAAUCGGAAAGUCUCGGUGGAGACGCUUGCAAAUGCUGUCUUUGAAAAUGUACUAAACGCCAAUACCGGUUCGGCCAUCGGUCUGAAACUCCAUUUAUGCCUCGUUAUACAGCAAGAGCUCCUCAACUCAGGGGCGGUCGUCGAAAUCGUUCAGUCUUUCUUUAAACACGCCGUUGAAACUCUUCAAUCCAUUCCGAAGUUGUACACAAAAAGACCCAAAAUGAAUGAGGAACAAGAGAAAUCUAUUGAAAAUCCUACAACUUUAAAUGGUGAUGAAGCUACUCCUGCCGUCAACUCAAUCACAGUUACUAAAACUCGGACAAAGAGGAGGUUAGAGGAAGACCAUUUGGAAAACUCGGAGGCCUCACCUGAUCUCAGCUUACAGCGUCGUAAAAGAAGGAAAAAAGCUGAGGCAGGAGCGGGAAGCUCGUCGAUCGACCCUGAUCAAAAUCUAGCAUCUCAAAGGACGGAAAUGGUUGAUAGAAAUGAAAAAGAAGUCGUCGGGACGUCCUCCUCUGCAGUAAAUGAAGAGUUAGGUGGUGAGACAACGAAACCCGAAUUUGACCUUUCGGUAAUCGAUCAAGUCCCUCCUAUAGCCGAGAAAAAGCGCGUUUCAUUUGGGAAAGUGGUCUGCAGAAGUGAGUCUUAUUCAAUCCAUGGCUUUCAUAGCUGUUCAUCUUAUUUCAUCCUUCUUUAA